AUGGUGACAUCAUAUUCCAGCACAAAUGUAACGUUGGUAGCGACGAUGAUGAUGGUGUUGAUGAUAUAUUUGUCCAUGAGUGGGAUGUUUGAUAAUGUUGCAGCAACAUCGAUAGAUUCAUUUUUCCAACGCAAGCGAGCAACGGUGACAAUAAAUAAUGCACUAGGAAACACCACACAACUUCAGGCUGCGUGUAAGUCAGCGGAUGACAAUCUUGGUCUACACAAUAUUAGCACAGGUGCCAACUACAGCUUCAGAUUUAGACCAAAUCUAUCUGGGACGACAAAAUUUUGGUGUCACUUUUCGUGGGAUACUAGCACUUUCUCAUUUGAUAUCUACGACGAUGAUAGGGAUUCUCACAUUUGCAGGGCCUGCGUUUGGCAUAUUUUGACUACUGGUCCAUGUGAAUAUAACUAUACCUCCAAGGCCUAUGAUUUGUGCCAUAACUGGAACGAGUAA